AUGUUCUUACUUACCAGACUGGAACCAGACGUAUUAAAAGCCCACAAAAACAUUUACUAUGAGAGCGUUUGUACCGAUUUUUGCGAUCCGGUUAUCGGCGUUGAGUUUAAAGCAAAGGCCGAGUGUCGGCCCGGAGUUGUCCAGUGGUUUACUGACCAGAACAUUGUCGCCACAGUUAUUGACUUGAUUUUUGCCAGCACAGAGACCACAUGCGCCACAUUUCAAUGUAUGGUAUUAUUUGUGGCUUAUUGUGAGGACUGGCAGAGAAAGAUGAGGGUAGAGAUCGAUGACGUGUUGGCCGAUAGAGUGGUCACAUUGGCUGACAGGCGGCGCAUGCAUUGCGUUCAGGCAUUUAUCGCUGAGACCCUACGCUAUGGCACCGCCACACCGACACGACACGAGCUGGUUGCCAACAAAACAAUAGUAUUGCAACACUCGUACAACAUGUUGCUCGAUGAUCAUCAUUGGCUACACGCCGACCAGUUUGAUCCGGGUCGCUUUCAAAACGAUGCUGACAUGAGUGGAGCGAAUGAUGCGAACGAUUGCUAUAUUGUUGACAGCUUUGGUGACGCCAACCAAAUACGGGGUUCGGAGUCAACACACGAGCAAUCAUUGUGUGCCGUUUGCGGUGACACCGCUUUUGGCAAUCACUACAACGCUAUCACAUGUCAGGGCUGUAAAGGAUUUUUCAAGCGAAGCGUUACCAACAAUGCUAUCUAUAAAUGUGAGUUUAAAAACAAUUGUAUAAUUGAUUUGUAUACGAGACGCAAAUGUCGACAUUGCCGACACAAACGCUGCCUGAGCUCCGGUAUGGAUCCCGAGUUAGUCCGAAGUGGAGACAAGAUUAACGCAAACACUAUUCAAGCUGUUAACCACAUACGCAGUCACAUGACGUCCAAUACAGUUAACAUUAGCCACAAUGACAUGAUUACGUUGAUUGAAAUUCAGAACAUGAUCAUUAACGAGGUCGUCCACUGGCAGCACGUGUUUGCGUCACCCACUGAUGCAGAAGUCAAAAAGAUUACGGCCUUUCCGUUGGAAGACAACGAAUCAGAUCAUCAGAAAGCGAAUAAACACGUGAUUGAAAUGACUGUUUUAACCCAACAGUUAAUUGUUGCGUUUGCGAACCGAUUGCCA